AUGCAUUUUGAUGGCGUCCUGAGGGUCAUGGCCCACCUUGGUAUGCUGAAAUACAAGCCCACGCCCGCAGCAGCACCUUGCCCUCAACCAAAUUUCGUCAAGUUAUCUGUUCCUAUAGCGCCAGUCGAUGGGUUUUGGUAUCCUCAGGCCGCAAUCUGCAUCGUGUCGGUCACGCUUUUCGUCGGUCCAGGUCUUUAUCUGGCUGUUGCCUUGAUUGGUGCUGGCGGUGGUAGAGCAACAUCCCUCGACGUCGCCAACAUCUCCAACGGCGUGCUGUACGGAUGCUAUGCCGUCGCAGCACCAUUUGUGGGCCCCCUAAUCAACUUGUUUGGCCAUUCGUGGUUCCCUUAUGCUGCAGGGGCGUAUCUCGGCAUUUGCGCCGCCUAUCUUUGGGUCACGGCUACGUACACCAUUAUGGCUUACCCUGAGGAGCGUGUCAAGGGCCGCUGGCGAGCUUUUCAGUGGUGCUUUAUCAUGGCUGGCUCCUCGGUAGGCGGAAUCAUCGCGCUGAGCAUCACGUGGAACACCGGCAGAGAAGGCGUGUCCAACGCACUCUGCAUCAUCUUUAUCACUUUGCAGUGCUGUGCAGUCGUGUUGUGCUUUUUGGUCCGCCAUCCAAUGCAUCUGCGGAGAAGCGAUGGCACGGAAUUGGCAGAAUUCAGACAUCUUUCCGUCAAAGAAUCUCUGGCUUACAGCGGUCGUCUGCUCACCGAUUGGCGUAUCAUUUGCCUGGUACCGGCCAUGUUUGCGCCUGAGAUGUUUUUCCCACUUCAAUCACAUAUCAACGGCUAUGCUUUCAGCCUGCGUACUGCGAGAGCUGAACAGUUUUCUGAACAACGAAGAGCCCUCUUUGCUAUUGCGCUUGAUGUGGUAUGGAUCACUGGAGCAUACAUCGCACAAACGGUCUGGCUAGCCUCGUGGAAAUUCCGUCUAUCAGUUCCUGGGCCAGAUAUUGACGUUACCGACUCUGCUUACGCCGGUGCCAUUGUCAUCUACAUCUUCUUUGCCGCCCAAUAUUCUCUGUUCCAGAAUGUGGUCAUCUAUGUUCUAGGUGCCAUUACCAACGAUCCUCGGAAAGCAGCCGCAUUGUCGGGGUUGCUGGUCGGCCUCCAAAGCUCUGGUACAGCCGUAUCGUUCGGUGUCACUGCAACUGCAAAACCACUCAUGAAUCAAAAUAUAGCCUACUUUGCACUUACCACGAUUUGCUGGCCGCUCCUUGCUUUUGUCGUAUGGAAGGGCGUAACGGUUACCACCUACACAAUCGAGGCUGCAGAAGGAGUCAUACCACCAGUGAAAAUCGCGCAGGAGCUACACAUCGACAAAAGCGUAGAAGUCGAUAUAGCUCCGUCCACUGUUGGCGAUUUGAAGUCUUGA